AUGUCUACCAGCGCUAUAGUUCUACUCUGCCUCUUUCCGACUUUGUACUUCCUCAAGAAACUGUUGUUUCCUGCAAAACAGUUGGCCCCACUUCCUCCCGGACCUAAAGGACUACCUAUCAUUGGAAAUGCCCUUGACUUUCCUACAAAAGAUAUCGGCCAGGAGUACGUGAGGUGGGAAAAAUUACACGCAAGCAGCAUCUUACAUGCAACGGCCUUCGGAACCCAUGUCAUAGUUCUAAACAAGAAAGAAGCGGCAGAUGAGUUAUUCGAGAGAAGGGCACAGAAAUAUUCAGAUCGUCCCCAUUUCCCACUCGCUGAGAUGGUUGGUCUCUCCUACAACAUGGCUUUCAUGGGCUAUGGGGACAAGUGGCGAUUGUGCAGAAAAAUCACCCAGCAGAUGUUCCGUCAGGGAUCGAUGGAAAACUUCAACUGGGUGAUACAGCGCAAGGUACACCAAGCACUAGGAGGAUUGCUUAGCGAUCCCAACGAUUUCGCUUAUCACAAUAAAAUGUUAGCUAUCGCAAUCCCUAUGGCCUCGAUGUACGGAUACGACGUGCAAUCUCCUAAAGAUCCUUGUAUUAUUGCGGCAGACAAGAGUCUGAACUUAAGUAUACAACUGAUUGCGCCUGGAGGGAGUCUCAUCAAUAUUCUCCCAAUUCUGAAGCACGUUCCCGCAUGGUUCCCUGGAGCAUCAUCUCGUAAGGCUGCGGAAAGAGUUAGGAAAUUAACCGAAGACAUGCAGCAGAUUCCCCUGGACUUCGUCAAAUCACAAAUGUCCAAAGGUACUGCCGCGCCAUCGUUUGUGGCUGAGUUCCUCGAAAGGAAGCAGACGGUCGGCGUUUCAGAGGAAGAGGAGGCAGCUGUACUUAGCAUUGCACCGACGGUGUAUGCGGGCGGUUCCGAUACAACCGUAUCCACCCUUGGGACCUUCAUUUAUCUCAUGGCCGUAAAUCCCGACGUUCAAAAGAAAGCCCACGCUGAAAUUGACUCGAUCAUCGGCACCAAACGUCUUCCAGAAUUUGAGGAUCGUCCCAUGAUGCCUUAUGCUGAAGCUAUAUAUCGCGAAGUCCUUCGGUGGAAACCUCCUAGCCCGGUAGGUAUUCCUCAUACAGCAGCUGAGGAUGACAUCUAUGACGGUUAUUUUAUCCCGAAAGGAACAACGGUUCUCGCAAACAUAUGGGCGAUGACACAUGAUGAAUCGGUCUACUCCCAGCCUGAUAUUUUUAGGCCCGAACGUUUCUUUAAUGCCGAUGGAACUCUGAAUGACGAUGAUCGUGUCUUGACUUACGGAUUUGGGAGACGGCAACACAUGGCAAGCAAUAUUCUAUGGAUGGCCAUGGUUUCUAUUCUGGCGGCCUUCAAUAUUGGGAAAGCUCGUGACGAAUCAGGAAACGAGAUAGACAUUACCGACGAAUAUGUUGACUUUGGAUUCCUCACACAUAAGAAGCCAUUCAAGUGUUCAAUCACCCCUCGAAGCGUCACUGCGCAACAACUUGUCGAGCAAGCCUGCGCAAAUGCAUAA